GAAUCGAACCUCUCUGUCUCUCGCGACUCCUCUCCCCCCCCCCCACGAAUCUCUCUCCCUCGCCGCCGCCACCACCCACGCCGGCCAGUUCCGGUGAGCUCCAGCGGCGCGCAGCACGCCCCCGAGCUCCCCUAGGUCCGCUCCACCUUCCGCCCCAUCCAGAAUCGGCGCUCACGCCCUCCGCCGUCCCCAUGGCUAGCUAGGGUUUCGGCCGCCACCCCUAACAUCGCCGGAAUCAGGCACAUCCGGCGAUGGCGAGGCCAGAGCUCGACGGAUCCGUUACCGGUGUGGCGCAGGUCACCUUGGAGUGGUCUGGACGGCGACGACGGCAGGAGGGCGCCGUCCUUCCUGCUCGAGGAGGCAGAGGACGAGGGGCGGACCUAGCUGGCGGCCCUCUCCUGCUCGAGGAGGCGGGGCCUGCCGAGCUCAAGCACGGCCACAACGACCCAGCUUGGCAGUACAGUAGUUUUGGCAAAAAAGAAAAUGGGGAAAGGAGUAUCAGCACGCGAGGAGCAAAGUUCUUUGCUAUCUUGGCUUUACUGAUUCGGAGCAGCAGGCAUCCUCCGUUGACGAUGACGACAACCAGGGCAUCCACUGGCACGACGACGCCCCACACAUGGUCCAACUCAGCUACAACCUCCUCUACCGCGUGACGGCGACUGUGGUUGUGUGCGCCAUCGACUACAACCUCCUCUCAUGUGAAUCUGUCUCCUACCUCUAGCUCCCUCUCUUGUGCUGCUAUAUUAGUACCUUGCUCUGUUUCAUGCGCAUGGGUGAUUUUGUUUGUGCUUGCCGUGCCUGUGUCAUGGAAAAGAUCAUUCCUAUUUACAAGUAAUGAUGAUUUGGAGCAGCACACUUAUUAAAUUCUGCUCUUGUAUUAGACCCCAUUUGUGGUUACUGUGAUGUGCAUUGAUUCAGCCUCCUAGUACUGCAGAUCAUGCAUGCUAAUAAUUUAUAAUGGCCUUGUUAGUUACUGCAGCUAGGCUAUGUUAAUUGUUGGUGUUUAAUCUAGCUAGCAUGUUUGUACCAUCAGGAUUGCAUCAAAUUAUAGCUAGCUAGCCUGUUUGAAAUCUGAUUUUUUUUGCUUGGUAUGCUGCUGGUCUGAAUCUACUUACACGCUUGACUGAAUUUAACUUGGUGCUAUUGCUGUCAGAUCCUAGUACUCAAUCACCUGGACAUUGCUGCAUUGUUUGCCAAUUAGUUUGCUUGCUUCCUUGUUGCCACAAAAAAAUCUGAAUCUUUUGUGUGUGUAAUUCAGUUUUAUCGUUAUGUAUGCAAUCUGAUCUAGACUUUCGAUUUUGACUUACAGUUGCGUCUAGAUUAGAACUAUGUAUGUGCUUUCAGAGAACAUGCCUUUCUCUUUUAGGGAGUUCAACAUUUUAGCAUUGGUCAACUCCUCUUCUUUGCUUACAACCAGCAUCACAUGAACCAUAUGUGUACACUGACAUGUUCCUUAAUUAGCACUCGGUCUAUUUGUCAAGGAGUUCAAGAUGCUCCAAAAUACCUUUUUGCUUUGUUUAGUUGAUUUUCAUAUUACCUCAUGAUCAAGUCCUACAUACUCCUACUCUGUAUCUACUAAAUCAUCACAGGAGCUAUUUGUGUCCAGUUUAAAUACCUACUCUGUACCUAGUGGAAAAACUAUGUUAUGAUUCUAUACCCUGUGCCCUUUGCUGUGGGCUAUGUUGUUAUAUUCCUGCAUGUCCAUUCCAGACAUUGUUGUAUUGCUCAUACCCUUGUAUAUGAGCUCUACCAAACACUAGUACUAUACUGAGCGGACAA